GCCUCGUACAAAUAGAGCAAUUUCGAUCGACACUGUACUGUAUAGCUACUGUAGCUGCUCGCCCCGCAGCUCUGCGUGUUUUGGCCGUGUUGCUGUGUUUUUGCGGCCGAGAGCUGAGGCCGUUCAUUUAUAAAACUCCCUUCAAAACCUGCUCCAACUUGACCCCGCCCGAGAAAACACCACUGUAGGAGAAAUAUCCUCUGUCGUGCACGCCAAGCAGGCAAGAGCCGAAAGAAGAAAGGCCCAUUGAUCAUGGACGCGAACCCCUUGACGCCCGUCACUCCGGGGACGGGGACGGGGACGUAUUACCCUUAUCCACCAAACCCUGGGGACCAGCCCUGUAGUAGCCGAGUUAGAGGUAAUGUCGCAGGAACUGAGCAUUUGUACGUAGUGUAUGGAUGACCUACAUGUACAAUGUUCCGCUGCUUGAUAAGGAAGUUACCGGUCAAGUACUAUAAGACGAUAUGUGAGACAAUAGUGAGUUGUCCGUGUAACAGCAAAAAGGUCACAAAUAAACGCAAAUGCAAGUACAACAGUUUUUGAUUGGAAAAAAAGCUGCCCUUGGUGGGUUUCGAACCCACAACACUUCAACGUGAUGUACAUGAGCUGCUUACAUACAUUGUACAUGUACGUAUGUACAUGGUGCGAGCAGUGAGACAUGAAAGCAAGCCUGUGAAGGAAACUAUGGCUUCUCUGUGUCUCAGUCCAAAUCCGUCCCCUCUGACUUGGCCGACUGUUUGCCAUUGAUCUUUGGCCUCGGUACAUAGGCAGCUCUCUCUCCUCUCUCCUCUCUCUUCGUCCUUCCCCCUCCUCACCUCUCUCUCUCUCCUCUCUCCUCUCUCUCUCUCUCCUCUCUCCUCUCUCUUCGUCCUUCCCCCUCCUCACCUCUCUCUCUCUCUCUCUCUCCUUCCCACCUACCCUCCCUCUGGUCUUCCAAGUGUACUGUACAAAGACACAUCAUACAUGCUUUGUUAAAACUCUGUACAUUAUAUACCUUAAACCAUGUCUAACAUGCUGUAUUAGAAACAUGCCUAACACAAUGUACAUGAUGUGUACAGUGUGUGAUAAUGUUGUGUAGCAUUUGUAAUGGUGGGCAGUAAUUGAGCGGGGAAUGUACUGGGGUUGUAUGUGUGUGUGUUGUGGUAAUACAUGCAGGAGUAUGAGAGGUGCCAACAGAGCUAUAGACUGCUCCAGGACAGAAGACAGAGGCUCAUCAUCAGCAUUCAGAACAACCCCUAUCAUAGGAAUGAGUUGGAGUCUCAAUUGAGGGUGGUGGAGAGAGACAUGCAUCAGCUGCAGCAGCAGAUGGCAGCCUAUGCACCACAGCCCAUGAUGGACCAUCAUCAACAACAACAUCACUACCAUGGCUAUGGACCAAAAGGUGGUGGUCCGUACAUGUCACCUGGUGACUCUGCCAUUGGGUCUGGGGUAUCGUCUGGUUUGGUCAGCGGAGUACAGAGCGGGGUACAGACCAAGGCACACUCCGAUGUGGCCCCUGGUGAUCUGGAGCAACUGGACAGCGAUGAAAUUCCGCCCCAACAACAACCACAACAGCAACAAUCAUUUGGGACACAUGCAGUCAGUAGUCGGAUGCAGCAAGCCAGUGCUGAACGUAUUAGGAUGACAAUGUUCCCCGACACCAUAGAGGAGGGAGAGGAGGCCCCUAUCACUCAGGCAGGAGGAGCCACGGGACAGCAGCAGAGUAACCUCCAUAGACUGGCUCAGUCCACUCAGGUCCUCAAGACUGCAGUUGCAUCUCUCACUCAGUACCAGGGAUCAACGGAGCUGACGGCCAGAGCGCUUCCAGAGAUUGCGAAACUCCUCCAGCCCCAGAACGGAGGGGACACUAGCGCCGUAUCCGAAGCAGCCAAGCUCUUGCACGACCUCACCAAGAAGGAGACCAGCUACAAGGCGGUCCUCAGCAAUGCCCACGUGGUGCGGACCAUGGUCCAGGGCAUGGUCUCCACGCGGAGUCUGGAUGUCCAGAAAUCACUGGCUGGGUGCAUCCACAACAUGUCUGGAGACAGACGUGGGCUCCAGAUGAUCUACAACAGUGGAGGAAUACCAUGUCUUGUCCAGCUACUCAUCUCACAGGUGGAUGCUAUACUGUUCUAUGCCGUCACCUCCCUCCACAACAUGCUGCUACACUAUGAACCAGCCAAGAUGGACGUCAGACUGGCCGGAGGGCUGGAGAAAAUGGUGGCUCUACUGGUGAAGGACAAUCCCAAGUUCCUGGCCAUCACUGCUGACUGCCUCCACAUCCUUGCCUAUGGCCACCAGGACAGCAAGCUGAUAAUCCUGGCCAGUGGAGGUCCAGUGAACCUGGUGAGGAUCAUGAGACUCUAUUCCUACGAGAAACUGCUGUGGACCUGCAGUCGACUCCUCAAGGUCCUCUCCGUCUGCCCCAGCAACAAGCCAGAGAUUGUUCAGGCUGGAGGGAUGCAGGCGCUAUCUCGUCAUCUUGGUCACCGCUCAACUCGACUAGUCCACAACAUUCUCCACACACUCCGCAAUCUCUCUGACAUGGCCACUAAACAGGACCAUCUGGACGACCUCCUGCGGCAGUUGAUAGUCCUCCUUGCCUCUAACGACGUCACUACUGUUACUUGCACGGCCGGUGUCCUCUGCAACCUCACGUGCAACAACGCCAAGAACAAGACCAUCGUCUGCCAGCUACACGGCGUCCAGGUACAUAUGUACAUACAAACACUGCACCUGUACAUA